UUUGCACUAAUUUACUUCUCAAUGAAAGACCGAGAUAUGAAGACUAGAGAGGUGGUUGCUAUCUUGUAUCGGUUGGUUGCUAUAUUAAUAAAGCGGGGCAAAAGCCUAUUUCGAGGAGGGUGAAGACUGGAGAGGUGGGGGAAUAGGAGCUUACAAAAACUACUUCUACUGAAAACCAAUUAACAGAAGAUUUAGAUAUUACACGCAAAAAACACAGAUGAUUCAGAUAUGCUAGUGAAGAACUAGAACAAAACUAGAUUUAGGACAGCAGGUACUGAAGCAGCAGAAAUUAAAUAGAUGAAAUCUGGACAAAUUCUAAUGUUUCAGAAACAGAUAUGCAAGAACGUCAAGCAAAUAUAGUAGAAAUAACAAGUAUUAACACUAAAGAGAUAGGGUUUGACUUGGGACAUUUUCCUAGCAAGCGCAUCCUUGGCUAAUAGAUUCUUCCAUUUCAGGACCUAAAGCUGUGACUAAACUCCAUGGGUAAUCAAGGGUAUCCUUUCUUUACGGGGAAAGAAUUUGGGGUAUCUUUUUUUAAAUAUUUUUUUAGCUGUAUAUGGUUGGCAUAUAGAUCUAAUUUGCAUCUGAUUGUGCCAUUUCAUUCCUAAAAUAGAUGUUUCUUUGUCUUUUCACGGUCAAUGCUACUUGUCUGUUACUUUUGUAUGAAUGUAUAUGUAUGUAAAGGAGUCGGAAAUCACCGUGAUACUUCUUUAUGACUAAUCUAAUGGUAUCAUUUCAACUUGGCCAACCUAAAUAUUUUAUAAUUACUUGUCAAAGAUAGAGAAGUUUGACUGCAUGCUUCUAGGGCAUCAUCCAUUUUGAAAUGUUGGUAGCAACUAAAUCCACCUCAUGGUCUUCAUCCAAAAAGAUGUUCCCAUCGUCAUUCUGUCUGUGUUAACAAGGUUGAUCAUCUAUACCAAUGUAGAGAACUAGAGAUGUGAUACGCUGAGCAGUGCUUUGGUUUUACCUGUCCUUUUUUGUCCCCCCCCUGGGAUUUGGAGCUAUUCUUUAUUUCCAUGAAAAGUGACAGAAACUUGGUCUGCGCUCCCCCAUAGAAUUAUUCCUUCAAGCGAGAAUAUUCCGCCCAGACAAGGCAUUGGGCAACAAGAAGAGCCGUUCCUUCGAAACAAUAAUCUACCAUCAACAAAAGGCACCGGGCAACAAGAAAGAACAGAAUGCAUACCAUUUGGGGAGACUAAGUACAAGUCGAAGCAUGUAGUUAAUUAAUACACUGCAGGAAACAGAGGACAGCUGAGCUCAUGCAUCUGGCAACUGUAUCCCGACACGGAAGUGAGAAGGUACACCUGGCAGUGGGGGAUGAUACUAAGCAGUGUUUGCUUGCUCUCAGAUGGGCUUUGCACUUCAUCCCACCACAGGUGUUGUUAGUUCUUGUUCACAUCCACAGGCCAGCUAUCCCAACGGUAUUGGGAGCUUCAAUGCCAGCAAGCAUGUUGACAGAAGACCGUGUUAGUGCACACAGAAUAAAUUCGAGAAACAUGAUUGAGAAAAACUUAGUUGAGUGCUUGCAAAUUUACAAGGUCCAAGCAGAGAUACUCAUAGUUGACAAAGAGGAUGUGGUCGUUGCACUUUUGGAGGCAAUCAAAGAGCAUAGGAUUACCACACUCGUUAUGGGUGCUAAAAAGAGAAAACAUGACUGGAAGGGUAAGACAGCAGAUGCUUUGGAGAAACAAGCCGAUUGUUUGUGCAAUAUUCUGUACCUGCAUAACGGAAUUCUCGUUGCGAGCAGGCAUCGGCACCCAGCCAGAGAAAUGGACAUACCCUCUUUGAGAGGCUGCCACUUCUCAGGCAGCAACAACACCACAAGAUCCUCUUCUUUCUUCAACUCUUGUAGCACCGCUGACAUGUUUGAUGCUGAACAUCUUGAUGACCCUUCCCUGGUGAUGAAUACGACCUACAUAUACAAUGAUAGUAGGUUCAACGCCAUAAUUGGUCUCAAGUCAUUUGCCACUUUCAGGGAGCUAGUAAACCAGCAACUUUUAGCUGAGCACUCAAGGGACUUGUACCAGGCAUUUCACAUCAAAUACUGUGACAUCUUUACUAGAUGCCAGUUCAUUGGUGGCUUUGACUCACUCAUUGGAGUAGAUUCCCAAAAUUUAGGGGAGGCACAUUGGAAAUCCAUCAAGAGCUGGCCUGCAGUUUUGGAGUAUAUUGUCAGUGUUCUGAAGACAUUACAAAUGCAACUCCUCAAGCAGAACCAUCGUGCAUGCAAUGGAUUUACACAUGAUGACCUUUCAGAAGCAGCAAAAAAACCUGUUAGGUGUCUGUUCACUGUUGCUUCAGUUGUAUCUGACCAUGAGGUGAGGAAGUCACCAGAGAAGCUCUUCUGUGUAUUGAACAUGUACACAGCUCUGAUGGACGCUACCCCCGUUCUCAGGAAAGUCUUCUAUACAGAUUCUAUCAGUAUAGAUGUUGAGGGGGUUCUUGCAAAACUGAAGGACUCUGCAAGGGGAAUAGUUAAAGUACUUAAAGGAUUGAUUCAGACUUACAACUCACAAAAAUCAGUGAAGGAUGGAAGUAUCCUAGCGUUAUCUCGGUACCUCAUGAGAUACAUCAGUCUCCUAGUGAAGCAUAAAGGCUCACUUGAUAUGAUCCUAGAUCAUGAUCACACUGACGAUCUGUUGACAGUUGAUGGAAUGAGUUUGGCAUAUCGUUUAGUGUUUGGGCUCAUCACUGAUCUGGAGUCAGUAAUUUAUAAACAUUCUAGGUCAUUUGCUUCUGAAGGACUCAAGUGCAUAUUCUUGGUCAACAACAUACAUUUCAUACUUCAAGAAGUCAAGCAAUCAGAUAUACAGUUGACUGUAAAAGCGAAGUGGUUUGAAAAAUGCCAAUCACACAUCAAAGGGUACACAAAGAGAUACAUGUAUGCAUCAUGGGUACCUGUCACAUCCACCUUGGAUGUUUCAAGAGGCCUGCCUCCUAGUAAAAAGGCAAGGAUAAACUUCUUCAAUUUCAGGCUCACCAGUCCGAGUCCCAUGCAAAGUUUUGCUUCGUCUUUAAGUGCAACUUGUAAUCUUCAGAUGUUCUGGAAGGUACCCAAUCCAGCUCUUCGAGAUGAGCUUCGUGCAAAGAUCCUGGAGUUUGUUAAUAGAGCCUACAAUGGUCACUUGGAGAGUAAAAAACAGUAUGCAGGACAAUGUGCCAAGAAUUUUGAGCCAGAGUGGAAAAGCAAAAUUAAUAAAUUGUUUGAAGGAUGAAUUAGCAGUUUUUUUUUUCUGUAAGCAGAAGUGGAUGAAGAGCCCAGUGCAAAUAUGGGCUCUACAUAUUGUACCUAUAUUGAUAUCCGUUGUGUUUGUCACUGUAAAUGAUCAGCUGAAUCAGCUUAAUUAAAGACGUAUUUUUGCUAAUGGAGGUAUUUAUAUCUUCAACCUA